AUGCAGUCCCUCGCGAAACCUCGGUCGCUCGAGCCUCUCCCUCCCCUCGCCGUCCACCUCCAGUCCAUGGCGUACGUGAACGUGACGAUGCGACGGAAGAAGGACUCCUCGUUCGAUGCCGUCCCUGAGCUCUCCCACGCGCGCGACAUCCGCCCGCUCGUCUCCCUCGCGCGCCUCCUCUCCCCGUCGCCCACCCCCGUAUCUGCGGUCUCCAAGCUCGGCCCCUCGCUCGAGACCCCAGACCGCCGGGUCACCGCUUUCCUCCGCCGCUUCCCCGCCGCCUUCGUCGAGUCCGUGGGGCAGCACAACAUCCCCUGGUUCCGGCUCUCUGAUGCCACCGCCCGACUCCUGCGGGAGGAGCGGGACGUCUUCGCCGCCCGCCGUGCCGAUGUCUGUGGCUGCCUGCGCCGCGUCGUCCUGAUGAGCCCGCGACGCCGCCUCCCGCUCCGUGUCGCUCAGGGCAUGCUCUGGCAUCUUGGCAUCCCUGAGGACUACUUUAAGGACCUGGAUCACGACAUUGCACAGGAUGGAUUCAAGAUUGUAAUUUCAGGAGAUGGUGACGAUUGGAGGGAAUUGGGGCUAAUCGACGAUGCAAAGGAUGAAGAAAUGCCUCUGUCAGUUCUCCAGCUGAAUGCUAUGAGGAAGUUGCGGUCAGUGGAAGAGGUGUCUGUCCCGCUCUUCCCGUCAAAGGGUCUUCGGUUGAAGCAAAAGAUUAAGGACUGGUUGGAACGGUUCCAGAGGCUCCCUUAUGUAUCUCCAUAUGAGGAUUUCAGCCACAUCAAUCGGGGUAGUGAUGUUUCAGAGAGGCGGGCAGUCGGGGUGCUCCAUGAGCUGCUUAGUCUGUUUGUGACAUGCUCUGCUGAGAGGCGGCGGUUAUGCUGCCUCCGGCAGCACCUGGGGCUGCCACAGAAAUUCCAUCUUGUGUUUGAGCGGCACCCGCAUGUGUUCUACUUGUUGUUAAAGGAGAAGACAUGCUUUGUUGUCCUCAAAGAAGCGUACAUGGCUGGGGAAGACACUGCAAUUGAGGAGCACCCCAUGUUGGAAGUGCGCAAGAAGUAUGUUGAGUUGAUGGAGCAGUCACGGGAAAUCAUAAGGUGCCGACGGAGCGGGAAGCCUAUUGAACUGGAGUCUAAGUCUGGGAAGGAGACUAUUUCCAUCGUUUACAAUCUAUUCAAUAAUGGCGUGCAGGAAGUUACUGGGCUUUCUCUGCAAGUGCUCACUGAUGGAGGGAAGAGUGGCUGCAAUGGUGGGCUAAUGGAUGCUGCAUUUGACUUUAUCAUAAAGAAUGGAGGCAUUAAUAUUGAAGAUGACUACCCUUACAAAGCCGUGGAUGGAAAGUGCAACAUCAACAGGGACAUUGUCUAA